AAAAAACAGAUCUCGGAGUCUCGGACCUCUUCUCAUGUUACGAACAGUUGCUACAAUUGCUAUUAGAAGAAUGAUUAACCCAUGUUUAUUUGUUACAUCGUCUACAAAAUUAUUAAACAAUUAUGGAUUGGCAAGAUAUUACUUCACGAGUCUUAAAAGAGGAUAUAGCGUCUUCCCAUCCAAUUAUGUUAGACCAGUAUAUAGUAAAGAAGAACAAGAAACUCUUUUUCAAAGCGAUGAAGCAAAGAAGAUUUUACAUGAGCGAGUGAAACCAGCAUUAGUCACUGACACAUGCUCCGAAUUUUAUGAUAAAAGAGUGCUGAAAUUUAUUAAUACCCUUAUGAAGAAUGGAAAUAAGAAAUUAGCGACAACAUUGGUAACUAAAACUUUCGAAAAUGUCAAAAGAAUACAACUGGAGCGUUAUCACAAAGCAACAAGCGAAGCAAAAGCUGAAAUUGAAUUGGAUCCAUUUGUGGUUUUCCACCGUGCUGUCGAUAAUUGUAUACCGAUUUUACAUUUAACAGGUUGUAGGAAAGGAGGAAUCACAUAUCAGGUUCCCAUUCCAAUUACACCUAUAAAAGCACAGCAUAAAUCCAUGUUAUGGUUAAUUCAAGCUGCAAAUGAAAAAGACUCCAAUUUGAGAUUUUAUGAUGUAUUAGCCAAGGAAUUAGUAGCAGCUUCUCAGAAUCAGGGUCGUGCGGUUAAAUGGAAGCAAGAAUUACACAAGAAAUGUCAAGCUAACCGGGCUUAUGCACACUUCAGAUGGUUGUAGAUAACAGUGAAUUCAAUCACUUGAAUUCAAUCAGAUUAAUAUAUAUUAAGGCUCAAAUACAAUGAAAAAAAAAUAAACAAGAAGUAACAGAUUUCAACCUAUCAAAGACCUACAUUCUGGUUUCUGGUUAAAAAUUUGUUAUUCUUUGCUCCUUAUUUCUUUUAUUAUUUUUGAGCACCCCAAAUACAGUAAGAUAAUAUGGUCAAUUUUACCAUUUAUAAUUAGCUUGAUUGGUCUAUUAAGUGUCAAUUGUAAUUUGUUAAUUCUACUUAACAAGAAAUAUUCAAAUUGAUUAGAGAUGGUGAAACCAGCCCAUAAUCAACUUUUGACGAUGAAAUAAUAUAUUUUGUUAAAUAAUAUGUGACAAUAUCAUUACUCAGCACUCAGUAAUGAUAUUGUCACAUUAUUUAACCAUAUAUAUUCUUUCAAAUUGUAUGGAUUCACACAUGUGACUGCAUUAAU